GGUUCCUCUAGAGCACGGAAGUGUUUGUCUGUUUAUCCCCAAAAGGCGUUUUGUCGUAGUAGUAGUAUGACUUCAUCGAAGGUCCUGCUGAUAGCAGCCUUCGGGCUUUUAGCGCAGUGUGUUGCUGGCUACCCCAACAAUGGAGGCUUCAACUUUAACCAGUAUCCUCAGGCGCAGGUAAAUGCCUGGACACAGGCCUGCCGUAGCUUCCAGGCACAAGCGUUGGCCACCCAGGCCCAGCAGAACCAAUUCUUCGCGAAUACGUUCCCAGCGGUGCAGCUACCUCCGUUGCCGUUCGCCGAUGUGUGCUCGCAGGCAGGAUACGGUAGCUUCGGUGGAGCAGGCGGAGUGGCCAGCGCAGGAACCUUCUCCCAUGGUGGUGCUGGUGGCGGUGUGACAUCAUUUAACAAUCGAUUCGGUGGUGAUGAUGGCUACGGUGGUGGUGGUGGUGGCGUGCAGGGAGUUAGUAUCAGCAGCAGCACAAACGGUCACGGUCAGGGUGGUACGGUGGUGUCUCACUACGGAAAUGGAGGAGCUACCACCAACUACAUCCCUCAUGGACAACACCAGUCGAGCUUCAGUAGUGGUGGCAACGGGGGCGGCUUUGCCACCGCGAAUCGCUUCGGAGGAGGCUCCUCCGGCCACGGAGUGAGUGUGUCCAGCUUUGGCAGCAAUAACGGUGGUCAGUUUGCAUCGGCUAACCGUUUCGGUGGAUCAUCCGGUGGCCAUGGCGGUGGUGGUACUACACACUACGUAUCGACCAGCAACGGUGGUGGUACGGUCGGUUCUUAUGGUCCGAAUGGUGGAAGUUUCGCUUCAGCAUCCCGCUUCGGUGGAGGAGGCUCUGGUGGUGGUUAUGGUGGCAAUGGAAUCGCGGUUGGUAGUAGCGUAUCAUCGACCAGCAAUGGCCACGGUGGAGGAUCGGUCCAGACGAGUGUGUACAAGCAGCACUACUAAACGAACGAGCUAAGGCACGGUGCGCCAGCGCCAGAUCGGAGAUGCAAUCGGGUUCUUAAAACUAAGCCAAUAAACA